GGGCCGACGGAGGGCCCCGGUCCUAGGAUAAAUAGGAGCAUUGUUUCCUGCAAAGAGUAAUCGUCGCUCUGUUUGUGCUCUUUUUGCGUGGGUAGCUGGUCUAUAUUACUCCGUACCUUUGUUACGCUUGCAGGAUCAACAUUAUGCAUCUUACUUCUUUAAUAGUUACGGCUGGUGUGGUGGCUGCCGCUCCUUCGUUCAGUCGUCGCGGUGCUGCCUCUCAUAAGCCCAAUGUGACCAACAUCCAGGUCGGCCCCCGGCCAUAUUUCCUCGUGGAUGACAUGGACGAGAGUCCCUUGAAAAGCAAGCUGGAGUCCUGCGCAGAGACACCUAUCCGUCAUGCUCCCCAAUUCUCCAUUGCCCAUCGGGGUGGCCCACUGCAAAUCCCCGAGCACAGUCGCCAAGGUAUGAUGGCCGCUGCUCGCAUGGGCGCUGGCAUCAUCGAGUGUGACGUCGCCUUCACCAAGGAUCGAGAGCUCGUUUGCCGUCAUUCCCAGUGUGAUCUUCACACAACCACCAACAUCUUGACCAUCCCUGAGCUGGCUGCCAAGUGUACCGUUCCCUUCCAGCCAGCGACAGAUAGCACACCAGCCAAGGCCAAGUGCUGCACAUCCGACAUCACAUUGGCUGAGUUCAAAUCGCUCUGCGCUAAGAUGGACUCUAGCAACUCAUCGGCCACGACCCCUGAGGAUUACCAGUAUGGCGGACCGGCCUGGCGCACAGAGCUCUAUGACACCUGCGGCACCCCCGUGGCGCACCAUGAGUACAUUGACCUGAUCGAGUCCUUAGGCCUGCAGUUCUCUCCCGAACUCAAGACCCCCGAGGUCGCCAUGCCAUUCCAGGGUAACUACACCCAGGAGAUGUACGCGCAACAGCUCAUCAACGAUUAUAAGCGCCAUCACAUCAACCCCUCCCGCGUGUGGCCCCAGUCCUUCCUUGAUAAGGACAUCUUCUACUGGAUCCAGCAUGAACCCGCGUUCGGCAAACAGGCCAUUUAUCUUGAUGAGCGCACCGACACCGAAGAGGGUUACAAAGCUGCUGUUGCCAGCCUCCCCGAGCUCGCCGAGAAGGGUGUCAAGAUCAUGGCCCCCGCUAUCUAUGCGCUGUUGAAUGCUACCGAGGAUGGCGAGCUUGUCCCCUCCGAGUAUGCGGUGGCGGCCAAAGAAGCCGGCUUCGACAUCAUCACUUGGUCCCUUGAGCGGUUCCCUCCCUUGGCGCAAGCUGCCGCCGAAAAAGACUACUAUGUUCAGUCGUUUACUUCGGCGAUCAGCAAGGAUGGCGACAUGUAUCGCAUUGUUGAUGCGCUCGCGCAGAAGGUCGGUGUGCGAGGUAUCUUCUCCGAUUGGCCCGCAACGGUCACCUACUAUGCCAGCUGUAUGGGAUUGAACUAAGGCUGUUCUAUCGUGAUUAUUGACGGUCGGCGACGUUGUU